AUGACUUCGAAUACGAUAGAUACGAGUUCGUUUCAAAUGAACAUCAAUCCUGACAACGUCCAACAACCUAUGCAGACAUCUAUGCAGAAACCUAUGCAUCCAUCUAUGCAGCAAACUACGCUGCCAUCUAUGCAGCAACCUACGCUGCCAUCUAUGCAGCAACCAACACUGCCAUCUAUGCAGCAACCUACGCUGCCAUCAAUGCAGCUGCCAUCAAUGCAACAACCGUAUUAUCCUCCACCUUCAUAUUCUCAAUCUUCUUAUCCAUCUCCUGCUUCUUAUCCACCUCCUGCUUCUUAUCCACCAAAUACAAAUGCUACCAAUCCAUCAAAUACAAAUACUAACAACCCAUCGAAUAUAAAUACAGUCAAUCCAAUCAUCAGUCCUACUUUCAGUCCAAUCAUUCAGGUAUCCAGUACGUCUACUGCUGCUGUAUCUGGUUAUGUUUGUCCACAUUGCAAUAGUACUUUGCCUCCUAUAAUUGAAUAUUAUCCGGGUGUAAGAUCUUACGUUGCCGGGGCUUUGUUAUGUUGUGUUUGUCCUCCUUUAUUCUGGUGGCCGUGCGUAUCUGAUGCAUUUAUGGAUGAGAGGUUUAUAUGUUCUAAUUGUGGUCUAAAACAACGCGAAAUACAGAGGCCAUGGGCUUGUUAUGCUAUUGCCUUAGGCGUUAUGGCUAUUGUUUUAAUCGCUAUUAUCAUUGGAGUAGUAAUAUCAGCUGUAAAACGUCGUUUAACAUAUUACACUUACUCAUAUUCCUAG